CAAUUUCUAGCAAAGACAAACAACUCGUCCCUUUACCGCAGUCAUUCAGAACAUGAAUAUUCCUCUCGAUGCUGCAUAUGCGACGGGUCUUUGUUAUUUUCUAGCCCCAGAGGGCUGGCAGCUAAUAUUAACAACCGUGAUCAUACUUCUGUUUCUGUUCUCUAGCCGUAACACUGUACAGCCUUUCCUGGCUCCUCCAAGUGUUUUCCCCAGAUAUGUAGCGCUAACACUUGAGAAGGCCAUCGAGCUGUCGAUUUUGGAGGAUAUUGCAUGGCUGAUCAGCUGUUUAGUUGUCCUGUAUUCAACCUACUCAUUUUGGGAGAAACUCCUCAUGGUCAUCCCCGUCCUCGCCUUUUCUGGGUACAUCAUCUCGCGAUGGGCAAGCCCUCGGUACUUACAGAGCGGGAUGAACGUGCCGGGACGAAGCGUAUUUAUCACAGUUGGUGACAACCCCCCAGAUUUGUUACCUUUGGACCACCCAUUAUCUAGUCUCGUCGUGAAUACCAAAACCGAGCUCGCAAAAGCCCAUUCCCUCCUUCGCAGUUUUGCUGCUGCCUCUGUGGCUCUACGUGGGCCUCUCGAUCUUACUUGGGCUGUCCAAAAAUACUCCCACCUCAUCGGCAAUCGACAGUCACAAAUCAUUCGGUUUGUGUCUCCUUGGCGAUUCAAUCCAGAUAGUCCAAUCUUUCCUCCUCCUCUUGGUCCGCGCUAUGCGAUGCUUCAGAAUGAAGCCAACCUCCUGGACAUCCCGUGGCUAUCGUUCGUUCCUAGUGCAAUAUGGAUUGAUAGACGAUUGGCAAGCAUGUGGGAAGAUGAAAGACAAAGCGAAACCCCAGGAUAUAAUGAUCAAUAUGAUCUCUUUCUCAAAGCCACCAUUUGUCAUGAGAUGUUGAAGGCAAUCCUCUUGGACGUCGAGAAGACCGGACACCUUCCAGAUGAUGAUUAAGCUUGUACUACUAUCAUGGAGGAAUGUGGAUCGUUCCCAUUGAUUAUCCCAUCAUCUAGCAAUCAAUUGUAAAUAUGUGGAGCCCGGUAAGAUACUGAACUCUGUAUACUUCUAUAUCUUUCCCUUGCUUUUCGGACAUCGUCUUCCGACGGUGGUUGUUCUACUGGGAGCUCUGCUAUGAUAUCUUUCAGCGCUA